AUGGAGCUGCGGCUCAUUCUCGGCUAUUUCCUGUGGCACUUUGAGGUCGAGUGCGUGGACGGGGCCCCCCUCUGGAAUCCAGCCGACGAAUACGCCGGCCUUCGCGCGUAUAACACUUGGGAAAAGAGCCCGCUGAUGGUCUAUCUGCGUGAUAUCAGAAAAUCAAACAUAGAAAACGUUGAAUAA